AUGACUGGCCAGGAGAAAACUCAUCUCCUGACCCCAAUUGUUGGCCAGGAGAAGCUUCAUCUCCUGGCCCUGCAUUUUGGCUGGCUAUGUGAAUGGCAGCCAAAAGCCCUGUCAGUCUCCAGGAAGAUAGUGGCAGCAAAGAAGAUGAAAAAGUCGCUGGAGUUGGUCAAUUCUAGUUUCCAACUCAUUAUGACAAGUGGAAAGUACAUGCUGGGGUACAAGCAGACUCUGAAAAUAAUCAGAUAUGGCAAAGUGAAACUGGUUGUCCUCGCCAACAACUGCCCAGCCUUGAGGAAGUCUGAGAUAGAAUACUGUGGCAUGUUGGCUAUAACUGGCACCCAUCACUACAGUGGCAAUAAUAUUAAUUUGAGCACAGCAUGGAAGAAAUAUUACAGAGUAAGCACUCUGACUAGCAUUGAUCCAGGUGAUUCUGAUGUCAUUAGAAGCAUGCCAGAACAGAUUGGUGAAAAGUAAAUCAUGCAAAACUUUUCUUUAAUAAAACUGACCAGAGCUUGUUU